AUGAUUACUUUCUUAAAACGCCAAUCUGAACAACAUCGUCAAGCAUUAUUAAUUCAAAGUGAACGUCAUCGAGAUAUUUAUUUUAAUGAAUGUAAAUUAUAUGAAGAUAUAUAUCAUUCUAUUCAAAUAGCAUCUACCAGUGAUCAAUAUGCUCGUCAAUUAUUUGAAUAUAAAACUUAUAAUGAACAAAUAAAUCUAUUAUAUGAUCAAUUAAAUCAAGAUACACGUACGCGUUAUAUAAAACAACAUGAUCAAUUAGAAAAAACCUUCAAAUGA